AUGCUUGUAUUACAACUCGCAAAGGCUGGAUACACUAAUUCUACAGGCGUUGAAUUAAACAGUUUAUUGGUUUUGUAUUCGCGUUGGAAAAGUUUUCGAGAAGGCACUAAAAAAGUGAAGUUUGUAAAAGCUGAUAUUUUCAAAACUUGUUUGGAAGAUUAUGACGUUAUUGUGCUGUUUGGAACUGAAACUAUUGUCCCCCAAGUUAGACCAAAAUUGCUGGAAAUGAAGGAUGGAGCAGGACUGAUUUUAUGCCGCUUUCCCUUACAAUCUGAAGAAGAAUGUUGGAAAAUGACUUCAACAGAAGGGAAAGGAAUCGAUCAAACAUGGCUUUAUAUUCGAACAAAUAUUUGUUAA